AUGUCAGCACCACCACUCGAAAUUCAUAUCCAAGGUACCUCACAAGUGCAACUCCCAGCUGAACAUGGCAAUUUAAUCAUUGCCGUAAUCUCAGAAGGCACCUCACAAACAUCGGUUUCCGAGGCAGUAACCCAGGCAUCCGAUAAUCUCCAAGCUCUCUUCAAGCAAUUAUCCACAAAACCAUCACACUCUUCGAAUUCUCCCAACGCUGCAAGUCAAGAGCCUCCAACUCGUGCUCAUGAAGCAUCUUCACAUUUCGAAGUCACGUUUCAAGACUUUGAGAAACUCGCUGAAGUGGCGAGUUCUAUAUUCAUCAUGCCCAACGCAGAGAUUCGCUCGGCUAGUUGGUCUUUGACCGUGGAGACAAAAAAGGCCGCUGGGAUAUUAGGGAGAGAACAGGCAAUCAAAGAUUCAAUUAGUAAAGCGGAUGAUUAUGCGAGGGUUCUUGGCAGGGAAGUCGCAGCGACAGAAGUAAGAGAGGAUGGGACCAAUCUCAAGGCAGUGAAAAAAAAGGGAUAUGCGGCGAUGCUGCCGAGAAGAGGCAUAGGCGCGGAUCAGAGGACCAUGGUAGAUGGAUUGGCUUUGGAGUCACAGAAUGUGGAGAUCAUUGAGAAGGUUCACGUGAGGUUUGUUAACAUUGAUGGAGUGUAA